AUGACAGCACGGUCGCAUUUUGAUGCAUUCAGCCGCAUUGGUAUCUGUGCAUCUCGCGACCCCCUGUCCUCACCGCUUGCCGGCUUGCAGGAGCAGGAGCUGCGGCGGCAGCUGGAGCACACAUCCGCCCAGCUGGCACCCAAGGACGCCGCCCUGGCCAAGGUCGAGGAGGAGCGCGCGGAGCUGCAGGCGGGGCUGGAUGAGGCGCGGCAGCGCGUGACGGAGGCGCGCACGGCAGUGGUUGUUGUGGGGCGCAGGGCGCUGGAGGCGCAAAGGGAACUGGCGGCCCAGCUGGAGGAGGCCCGCGCUGGGAAGGCGGCUGCGACGGAGCGGCAGGGCGCACUGGAGGCGCAGAUGGCGACCCUGCGGCAGCAGUGGGACGGAUGCCAGGGGGAGCUGGCCGCGGCGCGCAAGGAGCGGGACGACGCGCACUCCCAGGCCAAGGAGGACAUCCGCGCGGCGGCGGCGGCCGCAUACAGGGAGCAGGGGGCGCUGGAGGCGCAAGUGGCAGCCCUGCGGCUGUAG